AGGAGAGAUAUCGCGAGAACUGCGCCUUUAGGUUGGCCUUGUUGAAGAAGCGUAAACACACGGAAACAACAAAAGAUUUUCGACGUUUUGGCAUGACGAAGCUGUAAAGUUUUGUUUUCCCUUUCUUCUGGGAUUAAAAGUAAGUUUUGUUUUGAAGCGAGUGGCUGUGAAAUAAGACGACGACAAGGAUUUGUGGGCUUUUUUGGGGAAAAAGGAGAGUUAUUUAGGGAAGAGAGCUGGACAUCCUGCCUUGUAUCAGGAUGGUGUGUGUGUGGUGUGUGGAGGGUCGUCUGAGGACGUUGACCUUUGCCCUUUGCUCCAUGCUGACCUUUUCCCCUGGACAUGCGUACAUCUACGUUCAUCUCAAUAAUAUGAGCUCCAUGAUGUUAGAGGACUGGCCGGCUCUCUUCGGUUCUCCGCUCCCCAGAGACGGACUGAUGGGUUUUCUGGUCGAGUCUCGUCCUCUGAAUGCCUGCGCUCCGAUAGAUCCUCCUCCCGUCCUUCCCACUUCUUCUGAUCCCAACAGCAGCAUCGGGUUUGUCGUUCUGAUCCGCCGCUACGACUGCAAUUUCGAUAUCAAGGUGCUGCAUGCUCAGCAGGCCGGGUACAGCGCUGCCAUCGUCCACAACGUCUACUCCGACGUCCUGCUGAGCAUGAACUACAGCAACGAAACGAUAGCCGAUGAGAUCGAGAUCCCGUCCGUGUUCACCAGCUACUCCGCCUCCAAGAUCCUCCGCAGUUUCAUCAAACCAGACCGAGGGGCCUACGUGAUCCUGAAGCCCGAUUUCUCCUUCCCUAUCACCUUCUACCUCAUCCCCUUCACCGGGAUCGUGGGGCUGAUCAUCAUCGUCAUGGUGGUUAUACUGGUGGUGCGCUGUGUGCAGUACAGGAAAAGACUGAGGAAGAACAGACUGACAAAAGAGCAGCUGAAGAAAAUCCCCAUUCACAAGUUCACUAAAGGUGAUGAGUAUGAUGUGUGUGCGAUCUGUCUGGAUGAAUACGAAGAGGGGGAUAAGCUGCGGGUGCUGCCAUGUUCACACGCCUAUCACAGCCGGUGUGUGGACCCGUGGCUCACUCAGACUAAGAAAACGUGUCCCGUGUGCAAGCAGCGAGUCACGCGCACCAACCCUGAGUAUUCCGACUCGUCCGACUCUGAGGAGGAGGCGGGGCCUCACACAGGUGAGGAUGGAGAGGGCGGGGCUUCAGGCGAGGAGCAGUCUGAGCGCACGCCUUUGCUCCACCCAUCUCCUCCGUCCUCGGGCACCUACGAGGCCACGGUCGCCACGGUGACGACCUCAGCGCAGUGCCUGCCUCAGCGUGACUCGCCGUUGCUAGGAUACGACGGUUACUACUCGCCCGUGGAGGGUUCCGAGGAGGACACGGAGGAAACGGAGGACGACGAUGACGACGACGACGAUACGACGCAGCUGAUCGGGCGCGGACCCAUCAGGGUGUGAGAGCAAAGCAUCGUGGGAAGGAGAAUUAAAAACAUGAGCUUUUCAGGCUUUCUUUUGUUGUUCUUUUGAUUUUUAAACCUAAUUCUUUUGGGCUAGUUGGUAUAACGUGAAGUUACAGCAAUGUAAACGCUGUAGAUUUAGAACUAGGAUGUGAACCAGUGCCCCCUGGAGGUAAGACACCCCUCAGGACACGCUGCCACAGCGGGAAAGAGCCGUAGAUUCGUUUCGAGUUUGCUGUGCGGAGAGCAGCUUCCUGUUUUAGAAAGAGCGGCAGCAGGAUUUUGCGGCGGUUUUAAGAUUGAAACGUGUGUACACAGCAAUUAUUGUGCAAUACGGACCUGACGCCAGUUUGUUCUUAUGUUUUUUUUUGUUGUUGUUGUUUUUAAGUAACUUCGAUAGGAAAGUCUCCGGAAAUUUCCUCUGUGUCUAAUCAGGCUGCACGAUAUGGACAAAAACAACACGUGACUAGAUUAAUACGUCAUUAAUGAUCGAAAGUUGCCUUGUAAUCUCACAAAUUUAAACUGUGACACUGUGAGGUGUCGCGUUAAAGAUCUGCGUUAAUUAAUUGGACCAAAAUAAUUUAUUGAUCACACAUCUGGACUGUGUGAGAUUGAGUCUAGUAUCAGAGUUGCAGUAUCACGAUAACAACUAACAAAUGAUAUAUUGUGCAGCCCUUUUUUCUUUUUUUUAAAUUUAGGCUUCUGAUUCCCUUUAACAUCGCGCACACACACACGCAGUCAAAACACACAGGUGUGCAAUAACACUAUGCUUUUCUUCUGUAACCGACCGUAUAUUACACUUCUCUUUAUCCUGUUUACGACUCUGCUGUAAAAACGGCGUUCAGUUUCACUCUGUGUGUCAGUGGUUUUUUUUUUUUUUUUAACGACUUCCCCUAACCACUCAAACGUGUGUAUCACCUACGCUAAAGUCAGGAGUGCAUUCAAAGGAGCAGUUCAACCAAAAAUGCAGUGUCCAAUAUUCAGCAUUCCCCUGAUCAGCCAGGACGUCUUCUCCGUCUCUGGUUUUCUCACACUGGAGCUACGAGGCUAAUGUAGCUAACAAGAGGAAGACGUUUAUGGCCUCUAGUUUAACGCGGUGCACUAAUGCAUGGCUAAUCAUCACACAGUCGAUGCUCAACAUCAUUUGUUAGCUGCAUCGGUUUUGUAGCUCUGGUCUGAAAUGAAAGACGCUGGGAGUAAGAGUGAAAUUGUGAAGGUUGAAUUUUGCGCUGUACUGUCACUUACACUAACCGGGAAAUAAACAAAGGUGCGUUUUAAAACAUGAAUAAUGCAUAUGGUGUUGAAUUUGUGCCUGAAUUGAACGCUCUCCAUAAUCCGGCUCUCUUUAGGACCUGCUCUGAGUUUUGUGACUUUUAUUAAAACCACGUCUGUGUGGUGUGAUUGUAUGUUUUGUAAAAAAAAAAAAAAAAAAAUGUAACUGAAACUGAGAUUGUAUCACAUUAGCGUGUGUGCGUGUGUGUGCGUGUGUGUGUGUGUAUCACAACCUAAGAAGAGAAACGACAGAUCCAGGGUUAAUCUGUUGAUCUGUUUCAGUGUCUGAAUGAAAUUUUAAACACGUUUUGAAUAACACUAUAAUCGAAUACUGUUAUGGCACGCAACUGGGACCACUCACUUCAUGUUCUUCUUUUUUGUUGUUGUUGAUUUUCUUUUUUUUUUUUUUGGUUUCCCGAGAUGUUAGAAAGAUGUGUGUGUGUGUGUAACUGCAUUCCUAAUGUACUACACUGUUUAGCUUUUGUGCCAUAAAAAGGACUUUUAUCUAA